AUUCUGUCACUCCUCGACGAGCAACGCACGUCGGUCGAGUCGUGGGCCCGAAGCGUCGGCGCGGGGGGUCCGGCUGAACCGAUGGACUGGCAGCCCGAGCAGGAGCGGGUCGUUUACAUUGCCCGCGACCUCGUGGAGUACGGCUGUUAUGAAGACCGGUGGAGAAUCGGGGGUGAGCAGCAGCUGCUGCUGGAGGAGAGGCCGACAACGCCGACGGCGCAGCUUUCGUCGGAAUUAGUGUCGUGGGCCGGCCAGACAGAGGUGGAUGGGUCGACGAUGUGUGGGGCGGCGGUACUUGGCCUAGGUCUUGUGGAUGGGAUUGAGUGA